CCAGCCGAGUUCACCCCGUACCCUAACGUCGGACCUCCUGGGCCCCGAGGCAGCUUCACCGACUCGGCUCAUUUCCGCCUCUACGACUCGCCCAACCAGGCCGUCACCACCAUGGCUCUAUCCGUGCUGGAGGCCAUCUAUGACUGCUUCGUCGUGGACCUGGGCUGGCGUUCGGCCGGGCUGUCGUUCAGCGCCAACGCGGGCGACAACGGCCCGUGGUACAAGUACAACAUCUUCGCCGUGGCCAACCCCGGCGCGGCCGGCACUACGUCGCCCGACAUUGCCACGGGCCUGAGCUACAUCCGCGUGUCGACCGACUACCUGCGCGGCGACGAGUUCCUGCCGGCGGCCGUGUUCUCGCACGAGUACGGCCACAGCUUGACGCUGGCCGAACGUAGGUGGAACUUCCAGGGGCCCAGCCUCGACACGUGGUUCGAGACGCUCGCCAACUGGUUCCAGGACCUGUACAAGACGAGCGACCUGUGCGAGCCGGCGCGUGCGCGCCACGGCCGCCGGCGGACCGAGACCGAGAUCAACCUGCGCAAAAACAUUGGCGACUCGUACCAGACCAUCGUCGACGCCGUCGGCAGCACGGCAAACUUCUACCAGGCCUGGCCCUUCCUCACCUACCUGACCUACAACCCCGACCGGACCCCGGGCCUCGGCACCCACACCGUCCGCGAGAUGGUCCGUCAGUUCCGCCAGGGCGAGACUCCGCUCCACACCCUUUCGCGCUUAUUAGUCGCCGCCGCCGCCAACAACACCAACAGUAACAACAACACCACGGUCGGUGACAUCGUCGCCCGCUACUGGGCCCGCAUGGCCUACGUCGACAUCGGCCACCCCACCGCGCAGCCUCUCUUCCUGCGCACCCGCAGCACGCUCAACUUUGCCAACUACGGCGCCGCCGGCAGCGCCAACAGUACCACGUGGAGGGUCAAAAGCGCUCGCGCGCCGCGGUACAUGGGCGCCAACAUCACGCCGCUCAGGAAAACGGGCGCCGUCACCGUCACCAUCAACAUCAUCGCUGCCGAUGCUGCUAGCCAGGCCGCCUGCCGCGCUACGCUCGCCGUCCGCAACAUCAGCUCCGGCGCCGUGCGCUACUUGACCCUCGUCGACGGGAGGGUUAGCGCCGCCUCGGUGGCCGCCGACGAGGAGGCCACGCUCGUGGUUGCCAAUGCGCCCACCGCUCUGAUCGUGUACAACCCUGCCGCGCUGCAGGGCAGUCCGGCGAACGUGGGUAUGCAGUACACUGUGACCAUGACCGGUGCCACC